AUGCACGAUCCACAGACUUAUCCUAAUCCUGAUUUGUUCGAGCCUACUCGAUUUGUCCCCAAGGACACAAAAGACCAACAGCGACGGUUUACAGAGGUUUCAGAAACAUUCCCCGUGUGGGGAUAUGGAUCCCUGGCAUGUCCGGGCCGGUUUCAUGCGUCGUUAGUCAUUAAAAUGAUACUGUCGCAACUGCUUUGCAAAUAUGUUUUGCGACUCAAAGAUGAAAAUGCGCGGACAACCUGGUCUUGGGAGACAUUCAAGAUGCCUUAUGAAUCAACAGAAAUCAUCCUAAAACCGUUAUAA